CUACACUAUAUAUACCUCAUCACCGAAGACAAAUACCAUCCAAGAAAACUACGAAACAUAUCAAUACACUUAGAAUAAUAUAGCUCAAGGCAUCUCCCAAUUACUCCUGUCCAAGAAAUGAAGGGUGGCAUCGCAGCAGUCUUUGCAAUUCUUGCCAUUAUCUCACUGGUUGUGCAGCCAGGAGGGGCUGUAACUUGUGGUCAGGUCGAUGCUGCUUUGGUUCCGUGCAUCAGUUACCUCACCGGACACGUAGAUAGCCCAUCGGCCGCAUGUUGUGGUGGGGUGAAGGCGGUGAAAGGGAUGGCUGAAACAACGGCUGACAAGAGGGCUUGCUGUAGCUGCGUAAAGGCCGCUGCCAACCGAUACGCCGACUUGAAGGAUGACGCAGCCCAGAGUCUUCCCACCAAGUGCGGCGUCCAAAUGGACGUCCCUAUCUCACGCAGCGUCGACUGCGACAAGAUCAACUAAAUCGAACUGAAGUCGUGGUGAAGGCUUGUCGACAUCAGUCAAAUAAGGAGUGCAGUACUCUUGAAUAAUGAUACGUAAAUUGCUUGAAACACUAGUUGUUUUGGUGCCUGGUGAAAUUGAUUGUGCAAUUUUUGGUUGUGAUCAA